UCAGGCAGAAGAAGGCAGAAGACCAAGAGAUCCCCACCCACACAGAAAAGGCCUCCACAGAAGCCUCGAAGGCUGCUCACACAAGAUCGAGGUGAGGAGCAGUCCAGCAGGGUGCAGAAAGGGAGGUGUCAGCUGCACACUGCCCAAAUGACCCAAACAGAGCCACCAGAAGCCAUAGCCACAAAGACUGAGCAGACUACACAGAGGGCAAAAGAAUUCAAGAGCCCUGUGGCUGCCCACCCAGCUUGGUCAGGACCAGAUGCCAGAUCUCAGAGCAUGACAGACGAGAAUCUCCUGCCCCUGACAGCCCGGCAGCUGACAGCCUUCCAGGAUAUCUUAAAACUGUUCAGCUGCAGCCCAACAGGCACCGUGGACAUGCGCAGCAUGAAAAUUGCCCUGCGCAAUGUGGGUAUCCAACUGGGCCCUCAGGAGAUGUGUGAGGCUCUUCGGCUGGCAGACUUGGAUGGUGAUGGAAUCGUAAGCUUCAAAGACUUCCUGGGUGUCCUCACUGACAACCAUUACGUGGCUCAAUGCAUGCGGCAAGUGAGAAACCGUCGGGUCUGUGACCCCAGGAGCCUAAAGACCCUGUUCAUAGAGAUCCUGUUCAAGCUGCUUAACCAGGGCUUUGUGCCCUCCAAGUCCACACAGGAGGUGAUGAGCUACUACUUCAAGAAGCAGAGGGCUCUGCAGUUGAGCCCGGGCUGUAGGGAUCGGGCCCGCGGCCAGGGCCGGCCGUCGCGCGCCCACGCUGGCCUCAACUUCUUCUGUCAGGCGGCGCGCGUCAGCGGCCUCUCCAACACGGAGCUAGCGCGCUCUCUGCACACACUGUGCAAACCGAGUGCGCGCAACCCCUACUCUCAGAUACCCAAACUGGCCGGGCGGAUGCGGCCAGAAUGCAGGACGCGGGCCGAAUCCCCCCCCCCCCCCGACAUCCGCCUUCCCAAGCCCCACCAGCCGGGCCGCUCCAAGCUCCUGCCCAACCUGGGACCGCUCAGCCCAGGCUCCCUCCGCCCUCCCGCAGGGUACGUGGACGAGUCGCUGGAGCAAAUAGGCCUCUCAAAGCGGGCUCUGUCCCCUGCGACUCUAGUGCAGAAGCAACCCUUCUCCCCUUCACCAACCUCUUUGCAGAAACAAGCUGUGAAGAACUUGUACAAGUAA